AUAUAAUAUGUAAUAAAAAGAAAAAUAAGAAUCAAGUGAUGAAGAAAUAGAAGUCCAACCAUAAUAGUAAUAAUAAGUGGUAGUGAAGAAAAACACUUAAUACAACCAAUAAUUAAUUGACAAACUAAGCAAACCUCAUCAAUUUUGGUAAACUCAACCUAUGCCCAAUAUAAAUGAGAUGGAUAAAUUACAGCCUGGUCCCAUUCAACAAGGAGUAUUGGCUGAGGUCAGAAAAGAUCCUCUGAAUUUAAUUGACAAAUUUGAAUGGUUUAAUGUUGAUUUGAGAAAUGAUGAAUAAGCUCAAUAAGUAAGAAAUUUUGAAAUAAUAAUUAGGUUUACACUUUAUUGAAGGAGAAUUAUGUUGAGGACGAUGAUAAUAUGUUUAGAUUCGAUUAUUCAAUAGAUUUUUUGAGAUGGGCACUAUUACCACCUGGACAAUAUGCUGAUUGGUUGAUUGGCGUAAGAGUCAAUUAGAAACUAGUUGGAUUCAUUUCUGGUAUUCCCGUAACACUCCACAUUGAAAAUGAACAAAACAAAGUGAAAAUGACAGAAAUUAAUUUUUUGUGUGUCCAUAAAAAAAUAAGGGCUAAUAGAUUAGCUCCUGUCUUGAUUAAAGAAAUUACUAGAAGAGUACACAUCAAGAAUAUGUGGCAAGCUGUAUAUACAGCAGGAAUUGUUGUCCCAACCCCCAUUUCUUAGACCAGAUAUUAUCAUAGAAGCUUGAACGCAAAGAAAUUGAUCGAAGUUGGAUUCUCAUCAUUGUCAGCAAGAUAGACAAUAUCAAGAUAACAAAAAUUAUACAAAUUACCUGAAGAACCAAAGACUCCUGGACUUAGACCAAUGAAAAAGAAGGAUGUGGCGUAGGUUACUAAAUUAUUAAAUGAAUAUUUGAAGUAAAAUUAAAUCUUUCUAUUUAGAAAUUUCAAGUUGUAUUUUAAAUAUACAGAGGAGGAAGUGAAACAUUGGUUUAUCCCUAGAAAAGAUGUGAUUAGUACCUAUGUAGUGGAGAAAGAAUAAGGAGUAGUGACAGACUUUUUGUCAUUUUAUAAUUUACCAAGUUAAGUAAUAAAGAAUCCUAAAUACACUCAUUUGAAAGUAUUUUUGAACCUAUCUUUUAAGGCUGCUUAUUCCUAUUAUAAUGUUGCAACUUAAACACCUAUUGUACAGUUAAUGUAUGAUGCAUUAAUCUUAGCUAAAAACGAAGGAUACGAUGUCUUUAAUGCUUUAGAUAUAAUGGAUAAUGAAAAAUUUUUAAAGGUAUAUUUAUUACACUUAAUUUAAGGAAUUAAUGUUUUGUCCUGGAGAUGGACAAUUAAAUUAUUAUUUGUACAAUUGGAAAUUAGAAAGCAACAUGCUUAAACCAGAAGAGAUAGGAAUUGUUCUUGUAUGA